AUGUUGGCAUAUGAUCCAGUGACAAAAUGGUCAGAUGAAUUUUACAAUCAUUUAAGAAAAUUCUUAUUACAAAGUAAUAUUAUUACAUCAAAUAGAAAUGAUAUUUUACUUAAAAAUUCAUAUUUUAAUUACAUUAUGAAUAAAAUAAAUAAUCUUAUUAUUAUUCCAAAUGAGAUAGAUCGUGGUCAGAUUGAUACUCAUCUAAUUCAACAUAUUGUCGGUUUAAUACAUAAAUUGAUUAAAGAUAUUAAUCUAGAAUUAAAUAUAUUUAAAUUAUCAUUAUCAAGUCAUGUUAAAUCAUUAUUUCAUACAAUUGUCUUGAUAACAUUAACAAAAUUUUAUUUUGAUGAACAAAAAAAUCAUUUUAAUACUGUUUUAUUAACAGUGAAAACACGAGAAGAUAAUUUAUUAGAAUAUUUUAUACUUAUGAUUGUUGCUGAUACAUCUUACGAUGAAGAAUUUAGUGCAAAACUAGUUAGUGGUGUUUAUGAACAAUUGGCAAUAAUUUUAAAACAAGAUGCACAACAAAUAAUUGAUGCACAAAUACAUAAACAAAACACAUUAAAUCGUAUAACAAUUCAAACUGAAUGCGACAGUGAUAUUAGAAGGGCAAGUGAUGAUGAAGUUUCAAGUGGAGAAGUUGAUGAAAAUUUAACAAAUAAAGGAAAAUGUAUGUCAACAUUAUUAUACCUUUAUUUUUCUCAACAGCCUAUACCCUCAACAUUUAUUGCAUUUGAUAAAACAUAUAGACUAAAACAAGAUAUUAUUGAUACUUUUAAAAUGUUUGGUACACCUAAUCAAGGAAUGAGUUUUAAUCAUUUGGACACAAAUGGAAUAAAACUAAAAUUAUUACAAAAACUUCGUGAUUGUGAAGUCAAAUGUUCAUGUUGUGGUCGCCAAUGUGAUGCUGAUCACACAAUAUCAACAACAGCAGAAGGUAGUGAACAUAAUAAGCACAGUUGUCAAACUGGACAUCAACUUCGAGCGAUGGGUGGAAUUAAAUAUGAAAUAACAAAUGCAGCACCAUUGUCAAUGUGCGAAAAACUUAAAGAUAAUGAUUUAAUAACAAAUAAAGAUGGUAAUAUUAGACAAAAAUGGAGUGAAUUUAAAAAUCAGCAUUCGGAUUGGACUUUUGAUACAAAUAAUAUGAGUAAAAGUGAAUUAUUACGUAUAAGAGCCAAAUAUACCGUUGUCUGGGCUAAAAUUGGUGAAAAACUACAUCUAACAGCUGCUAUAAAGGAAUUUAUUCGAUUGCGUAGCAAAAUAGUUAGUUUUGAUCGUAUUACAAUUAUGGUGUUUGGUGAAAAAUAUCAAACGUUUUGUUUUAAUAAAGAGCUUUGUAAUAUUCCACCUUUCACAUUGAAUAUUCCAGUUGGUAAUGGUACAAAUUUUCAUAAUGUAUUUAAAUUGGUUAAUGAUGUGAUAAAAGAAUUUAACUCAACCAAUUACAUGUUAGAGCUGCAAAAUACAAUUAUAUUUAUGAGUGAUGGACAAGCUGAAUAUCCUGAAGAAGAACUUGAAACAUUAAAAACACAACAUGGUAGAAUAAUUUUACAAUUUUGGACAGUAACACUUGGUGAAAAAGAUAUGACAGUAUUAGAAAAAAUUAAUACAAAAAUGAACGGCGAAUAUAGAAAUAUAACAAAUUCUGAAGAUAUAAUACAAACUUAUGCAAAAAUUGCAAUAUCGUAA